CUGUACAUGGCGUCCAUGGGGAUCACCCGCCCGCCGUUCUGGCAGAUGUGUGCGUUCAUCAUGCUGGGUACCAACGGAGCCACGUGGUUCAACACAGCCGUGCUCGUCACCUGCAUUCGCAACUUUGAGGGCGACAGGGGGGUGGUGGUGGGGCUGCUGAAGGGCUUCAUAGGGCUCAGCGGCGCCAUCUUCACGCAGCUCUACUCUGCUCUCUACGCGCCCCACACGGCGCCCUUCCUGCUGCUCUGCGCGCUGCUGCCCCCUUUAGUGGCGUUGCUGGCAAUGGCAGUCAUUCGCCCCAUGGACCCACGCAUGCUCGCUGCUGCGAGAAGAGACACCGGCGACAACACCCGCUUCCGCUUCCUCUAUGUGGUGGGAGUGGGGCUUGCGCUCUAUCUCAUGCUCGCCAUGGCGCUGCAGGAGGCCCUGUCCCUCUCUCGCCCCUAUCGCCUGGUUUCCAUGGCUGGGAUGCUGCUGCUGCUCGUCCUCCCCAUCUACCUCCCG